UCAUAAAUAAACCAAUCUCAACAAGAGGUUAAAAAAACAAAAGAAGAAAAGAAGAGAGAUCCAUCUGUGUACCUUGACGAUGCAUUCAUCGCCAAUUAAUGAUCUGGCCUGCACUGGAUGGCGCCCCUCGAAUGUGACCAACGCCCGCCACGUGACAGCCAUCUCCCAUGCGCCCUGCAUCAGUUACCUCUAUCCUGGAUCCUUUCCUCCUGGCUUCCAAUUUUCACCUAUCUCUGUUCUUUUCUUUUCUUUUCUUUUCUUUGUUCUGUUUUCUUUUCGACAAUGCGGUCAGGACGCUGAUCCUGAGACAUGCAAUGUGUGGAUCAGAGUGACUAUAUCAUCUCGUGUAGAGGACACAACAAGGUGGUCAGACCCAGUCAUGUAUCCAAACUCUAACGCGUGCUCCCAUGUCCGUACGACUACUCCUCAGAAAAUGUUAAACUACGGGGAAGGCAACGAAAUUGGCCCUCGUUGGUUGAAAAUCGGUCGACAACUCCAACUCCAGUAUCCCCGCACCCAUCAAAAUGACCCCAAAUCACAACUAAGUGGUUUGGUCGCUUGCCAUGCACGCAAACCAGGAACUAUCUUCCUGCACGAUGUUGAAACGAAUACGUCGACUGGAAGUCUGCGCCGGCGCUUCACUCCGGUCUCCACUUUCCGUCCUAUAUAAAAGUCUAGGUAGUGCUAUGGGUCCCGCGGCCUACAAAGGCAAUUAUGACGAGGGGGUCACGUUGGCCUUCGCACUGACGCUGCAGGAUGGAACCCGGCAGGCUCACCUA